CAUGAAUAAAGGCCUUGUGCCUGUGUCUGCAUCCCGUUUUCACUUCUCGCUGCUGCCCCUCAGGGCGUUCGUAUUGGGCAUCGUGUACUCUUUCAUUUAUUGUCGCCUCCCGCUCAUUUUGUGCUUUCGCUUUGCACGUUCGUAUCAUCAUCCCUGUUCGCUCUCGCUGCGAUGGCCCCCAGCAUGCACAAUGAUUCUGUGGUAACGUUACCGGUUAUUCAGCAGUACAAGCUGGUCGUGGAUCCACAAACAACCGGUCAGGAGAGACAGCCUCGAGAUGCGAGUUUCUGGCUCGUCUUUCUGGGUAUCGGAUUCGCCACCAUGAUCACUGCUCUCGAAUGGUCUGCAGUCUCAAAUGCACUACCCACUAUAGUGCAGGAUUUGCAUGGCUCGUCGUUCAUAUGGGUCGGCUCGGCUUAUACGCUAGCGGGAACGGCUUUCAUUCCUCUCAGCGGAGGCCUCUCACAGAUCUUCGGAAGACGCAUCGUUGUUCUGUCGUCUCUGGCGAUCAUGGCCCUAGGCAGUGCCCUAUGUGGGUCUGCGCAGAGUAUGACGCAUCUUAUUGCUGGAAGAACCGUCCAGGGCCUCGGUGGCGGCGGCAUCUCCGCGACAACUGCCAUAAUCAUAUCUGAUCUUGUACCUCUCAGUGAGCGUGGUCUGUAUAACGGCCUAAUCGGAAUUGCUUGGGCGAUGGCCGGCAGUAUGGGACCUAUUGUCGGCGGUGCCCUUGCUCAGAACGGCCAGUGGCGGUGGCUCUUCUAUCUCAACCUCCCAAUAUGCGGAGUCGCGGCCAUCAUUAUGAUAUUCUGUCUACGUGUUCAAACACCUCCAGGGACGCUAAGAGAGAAGUUGCGCCGGGUUGACUGGCUUGGCACGUUCCUGGUCAUCGCUGCGACUGCGGCUUGUGUCAUUGGACUGACUUGGAGCGGCAUCCAAUACUCUUGGACCUCCGCGCCAGUGCUCGCGCCUCUCAUUAUCGGGAUAGUUGGGAUGGUGGCGUUCAUUACGUAUGAGUGCAUCUUCCCGGAAUACCCACUUGUGCCCUCUGCUUUGCUGUCCACGAUAACUGGUAUCAGUGGCUAUAUGCAGACGUUCCUCUUGCCAAUAGUGAUGAUAGGAAUCAUCUACUACAUCCCAGUAUACUUGCAAGCAUGCAAGGGGGCCUCCCCCAUUGGCGCCGGCGUAGACAUGCUAUCCUUCUCUUUGAUCGUUGCACCCGUUGGGUUGCUGGGAGGUGCGCUCGUAAACCGCACGGGGGGAUACCGAGCGCCACUGUGGACGGCCUGGGUGGCCCUUAUGGUAGGCACGGGCCUGCUCAUUACUUUGGACGCGGAUACCCCGCUUGGCCACACCAUCGGUUUCAUCGCACCAUGUGCUUUGGGCUGUGGACUCCUGGCGUUCUCGACGUACUUCCCGGUACUCGCGCCGCUGCAUGUUUCGCAGAAUGGUCUCGCCAUUGCUUUCUUCAUGUUCCUCCGUAACUUUGCGAUGGUCUGGGGAGUAACGAUCGGCGGAACCGUCCUCCAAAACGAGCUCCCGAAGCACUUACCGGCUGCCUUCGCUGCUCAAUUCCCGGAGGGCACAGUCAUUGCGUACGCGACCAUCCCCACCAUCUCGAGCCUUCCGGAGCCGCUACGGACAGAGGUUCGCCAAGCCUUCGCAGCCAGCCUCAAGGUCGUCUGGGAAGUCCUCCUGGGGGUUGGUGGCCUCGGGCUCGCCUCGAGCCUUGCGAUGAAAGCGCUGCCUUUGCACACAGCCGUGGAUGAUAAAUGGGCGUUGCAGCAAAAGGAGAAGGGGAGCGUUGACAGCCUCAGCACUCUUGGUACAGCGGUAUAAGGGUUAACUAUCCGUUCGUUCCACAUUCAUUGUCACUUCGCACUGCUACCAGGG